AUGAAGACCUCCCUAUUUACAUUUGGUGCCCUCGUCGGCCUGGCCUCAGCCCAGAAUGCCAUCGUGUAUAAUAACUGUGAUACCACCGUGUAUGUGCAGUCGUACCCUACCGAUGGUAGCGCCCCCGGCCCACUCACCACGGUUGCCGCUGGGGAAGCUUUCUCUGAGGAAUUCAGAGUAUCUGGUUCGACUGUGAAGAUCGACAAGACAAAGACGCUGGAUACGCCUCUCUUCUUUGGCUAUUCAUUCUCGUCCAACCCAGACUACGUGUACUAUGAGCUGAACACGGACUGGGGUAACCCCUUCGCAGCGGACCACAACUCGCUCAGUCCCGGCGAUGGCUGUGAGGCCUUUGACUGUGCGGCCAAUGAUGCCGCCUGCUAUAGUACCCAGGCUGACAAGAAGGUUUAUGGGUGCCCCCAGCCAGUUACCCUGACCGCGAACCUCUGCCUGUAA